AUGCGUCGCAUGUUCCUGUGGCCGGUGGUGCUGUUGCUCUUGCAUGAAAAGUCAUCGAGUGUACAAGCGUCACACGAUCAGCGUUUCACGCAUAGCAUCGAAAGAGAGUUUGAUGAACUGUUCAAUGUGAUCAUGAAGAAAGUUAUGCCUCUGGCGUCGGACCUCGUAGCGAGUGCGGAGUUGAGUCCGGCGUGUUCUGGAUCCUUGAUGAAGACCUUCUUGGGAUUGAGGCUUAAGGAACCGUGGGCACUCCGAAUUGCCCUUGCCAAUGGAUUCCUGCCGACGAAUCUUCUAGAAGGAAGUUUCGUGAACCUUGGAAGCUACGAGCAGUGCCUCAAGACAAAUGUGUUUGCUCUGGACGGAUCUCAGUAUUUCAAGGGUCAGUACUGCACCCUCUUCGCUAACCCACCCUGGGAUGUCGUCCGCGAGAUGGUGCCAAAGUUCCAGGCGUACGGACAACUCAAGGGCCGCUACAACCCUCUUACGCUGCGAACAGACACACGGAUGCAACACGUGGACUUCAGACUCGGCAUUUGCAUGCCUUCUGUCUGCAACUCUGCAGAACUCAAUUUUCUGGCGAAUGGAGCACUGAAUCGAUACGGUGUAAACGCUACGGUAACAGGAUGCCGUACGAACGAUCCGAAAGUUCCUACACCUCUGCAAGCCUUUGUCAUGACUUUCCUAACUUUCUUGGGCUUCCUGGUCGCAGCAGGUACCUUUGCAGUGUGGUACUCUGGAAAGAAUCUUAAGGGCGAAAAGGGCACACACGGCAUCGCUCUGAAGAUACUGAGCUCAUUUUGUCUGAGCACCAAUACGGAAAAACUGUUGGAUACGCAUAGCAAAGGCGAAGCCUCGGACCGACUUCUCUUCCUAAAUGGCUUCAGGCUCAUCCUCUGCUACUGGGUAACCCUCUUCCACGCUUACAUCAUCGUCCAGCCUGAGUUUUACCAUUCCGGCUUCAAGGUGUUCGAGCUUGGCGACAAGGUCUAUUUUCAGCUGGUUACCAACGCCUUCCUCUCCAUUUCUACCGUAUUUUAUCUCAGCGGAUUCAAGUUGUGUUAUGAAAUGAUUCACAAGAGGGACUCCGUGCUGAAGCAGAAUUCAUUCGCUCUAUUCCUCGUAGUAGCUGCUAAGCGGUACAUAAGACUCACUGCACCGAUGUUGCUGGUGGUACUGGCAACGUUCCUCCUUCCUCUAUUCGCCGAUGGUCCAGCGGACCAGGAACUGUUCGCUCAGGAGAUCCGCUCCUGCCUAGAAAGGUGGUGGACUGUCGUCAUUCACACAAACAACCUGAGUCCACUUCAUCGGACCUGCUUAUCUCAUCUCUGGUUCGUGAGCACGGAGAUCCAGAUCUUCUUGAUUGUGGCGCUCCCUAUCACCCUCCUCCUAAUCAGGUAUCCAAGAACUUCACUGAUAAUAGCAGCGGUGCUUGCCAUCCUCUGCAGCAUUUUGACAACACUGAGGACCUACUACUGGAACCUGUUCUUUGCUGUAACGACAGGAACGAAUGACGGCUUGCGUAUCUUCCAGACACUAGAGUUCGUCUACUUCAGACCACUGACGCAUGUCGCUACUUACAUGUGCGGGAUCAUCUGCGGCUACAUUGCUGUGGUUCACAGGAAGGUACCCAUUCACCCAAUUCUUCAAGCAGUUCUCUGGGUGGGCUCACUGUCCCUCACCAGCUUCGUGGUAUUCGUAACACUACCCUGGAACCGUGGUUAUCUGCCAGGGGACGUCAUCAACGCCCUCUACGGUGGCUUCCAUCGUCUAGUCUGGUCCGCGGGGCUGUCCUGGCCGAUCUACGCAUGUGCAACGGGUCGUGGAGGGGUCCUUGCACGCAUUUUGGGCUGGAAGGCAUUCAAGCCCUUGGCCAAGUUGGCUUAUGGCGUUUACCUCAUUCACGGAGUUCUGCUCCUUUUAAGGAUGGGUUGCGUCAAGAGCCGCUUCAACCUCGAUGAGUACUUCCAGUUAACAAAUGCUCUGGGCAUCCUAUUCUUCAGCUACGUCCUCUCCUACCUUCUCUACGUCGUAUGUGACGCUCCCAUCGCCCAUCUCGUGUCUAUGAUACCCAGCGUACGGUGGUUCCGCAGCACCAGCGAAGCGGCCAAGGCACCUGGAACGACGCAGAACAACACCCCCGUGUGAUGAUCGUGCAUAUUCUUGGUGGCCAAGAAGCCUGUACCAAAUAGUCAGAACUGUGUUCAGCAUCUGAAUGAAUAGACUUGUUGAUGGACAUUGUUGCGUUCAACUGCAUGUGCGGUCUGCAUAUGGCCUGGCUUACACUGAAGGCUACUGUGUGUUUCUCUUCCACUCAUUCCUCAGUCACCCCACCCCCACCCCCCCAAGGAGAAAGCCUGUGGCUACCAGUGACCGUUCAUGUGACAGACGACAGCUCGUCCAGGGCCUCUGAUUGGAUAGCUCUUAUUUCGAGCACCUGAGUCACGUCGAUUAGCGAUCAGCCCUUACUUAGUUUAGAUGCAACUGGUAGCAAGUCGAAACCUGCCACAUUCACAUCAUAAUUUCCUUUUCUUAGGUAUCAAUACUUUUACGCAUGACAAAGGCAGCAAAAGGUAGAGUAAAGGUACUUUUGAAAUAAUAUUUCAGCACUGAGACGGCUGGGCCGUCUGAGGAUCAUGAAAUUCUAGCCUUUAAGGUAAACAAGCCUGUAUGAACCAAGUGGACCCUCUAUUUAUCUAUAUAUUCUUUCUCUGUCACACCACAUCACUUGAACAUGCACAUGAUUGCGGAUGAUUUAUGAUUGAGCGUACAUGAUCUAUGUAAUGAUAGAAAUCAAGAAUAAAGAUGAUUUUUUAACUUUGUGCGAACAAAGGGAAAAAAAAAGAAGCAAUAAACCUGUCGUGCUAC